GGCUGCGUCGGCCUGAGCGGGUCUUCGUUUGCAAGUAAUUUCCUGACGUUGCGGGGGGAACCGCACUCGUCUCAGACCCGGUAGGCGGCGGCGGCGGCGCGCCUGUGCGCUCCCGCCGCGCCCUGGACCGAGCGGCGGUGCAGAAGCUCGGCGGAGCGAAUCAGGUAGGAAACAUGAGCCGCAACCACUUGGAUGGGAACGACGAGUUUGAUGAGCAGUUGCGAAUGCAGGAAUUGUACGGAGACUGCGAGGACGGUGACCCCCAGACCGAUGCCGGUGGAGAAACCGAUUCUCUCGGGCAGCAGCCGACGGACACCCCCUACGAGUGGGACCUGGACAAGAAGGCUUGGUUCCCCAAGAUCACUGAAGAUUUCAUUGCUACAUAUCAGGCCAAUUAUGGCUUCUCUAAUGAUGGCGCAUCUAGUUCUACUGCAAAUGUUCAAGAUGUCCAUGCUAGGACUGCAGAGGAACUUCCACAAGAAAAAGCCCCAGAACCCGCUGAUCCCAGAAAGAAGGGAGAAAAAAGAAAGGCUGAGUCAGGAUGGUUUCAUGUUGAAGAAGACAGAAAUACAAAUGUAUACGUGUCUGGUUUGCCUCCAGAUAUUACAGUGGAUGAAUUUAUACAACUUAUGUCCAAGUUUGGCAUUAUUAUGAGAGAUCCUCAGACAGAGGAAUUUAAGGUCAAACUUUACAAAGAUAAUCAAGGAAAUCUUAAAGGAGACGGUCUUUGCUGUUACUUGAAGAGAGAAUCUGUGGAACUUGCAUUAAAACUUUUGGAUGAAGAUGAAAUUAGAGGCUACAAAUUACAUGUUGAGGUGGCAAAGUUUCAACUGAAGGGAGAAUAUGAUGCCUCAAAGAAGAAGAAGAAAUGCAAAGACUAUAAGAAGAAACUGUCUAUGCAACAAAAGCAGCUGGAUUGGAGACCUGAGAGGAGAGCUGGACCAUCCCGGAUGCGCCAUGAACGAGUUGUCAUCAUCAAGAAUAUGUUUCAUCCUAUGGAUUUUGAGGAUGAUCCAUUGGUGCUGAAUGAGAUCAGAGAAGACCUUCGAGUAGAGUGUUCAAAGUUUGGACAAAUUAGGAAGCUCCUUCUCUUUGAUAGACACCCAGAUGGUGUGGCCUCUGUGUCCUUUCGGGAUCCAGAGGAAGCUGAUUAUUGUAUUCAAACUCUGGAUGGAAGAUGGUUUGGUGGCCGUCAAAUCACUGCCCAGGCAUGGGAUGGGACUACCGAUUAUCAGGUGGAAGAAACCUCAAGAGAAAGGGAGGAAAGGCUGAGAGGAUGGGAGGCUUUCCUCAAUGCUCCUGAGUCCAACAGAGGCCUUAGACGCUCAGAUUCUGUCUCUGCUUCGGCAAGGGCAGGGCCUUCUAGAGCAAGGCAUUUUUCAGAGCACCCCAGCACAUCUAAAAUGAAUGCUCACGAAGCUGCAACUAGAAUGGCGUUUGAAGAACCUAUAGAUGAGAAGAAGUUUGAAAAGACAGAAGACGGGGGAGAAUUUGAAGAAGAUGCUUCUGAAAACAAUGCUAAAGAAGGUGGCCCCCAAAACGAGGCUGAAGAAGGCUGCACUGAGAAAGAAUCUGAAGGCGGCUGCCCCCAAAAAGAGUGUGAAGACGGCAGUCCCAUAAGAGGAUCUGAAGAGGGUAUUCCUAAAAAAGAGUCAAAAAAGAAGACACUCAAAAAUGAUUGUGAAGAGAAUGGCCUUGGAAAAGAAUCUGAAGAUGACCCCAACAAGGAGUCUGAAGAGGAGGCUGGACCCAAAAAAGAGUCUGAAGAAGAUGACUCAGAGAAAGAAUCUGAUGAAGACUGCUCUGAAAAACAGUCUGAAGAUGGCUCUGAAAGAGAAUUUGAAGAAAAUGGUCUCGAGAAAGAUUUGGAUGAGGAUGGCUCUGAAAAGGAGCUUCCUGAAAAUGUUCUUGACAAAGAGUUAGAAGAAAAUGACUCCGAAAACUCCGAAUUUGAAGAUGAUGGCUCUGAAAAAGUGUUAGAUGAGGAAGGCUCUGAAAGUGAGUUUGAUGAAAAUUCAGAUGAAAAGGAAGAAGAGGGGGAUACAUAUGAAAAAGUAUUUGAUGAUGAGUCCAAUGAGAAAGAGGAUGAAGAAUAUGCAGAUGAAAAGGGACUUAAAGCUGCUGAUAAAAAGGAAGAAGAAGGUGAUGCGGAUGAAAAGCUGUUUGAAGAGUCAGACAAGGAAGAUGAAGAUGCAGAUGGAAAGGAAGAUGAAGAUGCUGACGAAAAGUUAUUCGAAGAUGAUGAUUCCAACGAGAAGUUGUUUGAUGAGGAGGAAGAUUCCAAUGAGAAGUUGUUUGACGAUUCUGAUGAGAGGGGGACUUUGGGUGGUUUUGGGAGUGUUGAAGAAGGGCCCCUAUCCACUGGCAGCAGCUUUAUUCUCAGUAGUGAUGAUGAUGAUAUUUAAUCCCUUAAACUUGCUUCUUAGGGAGAGUCCUCCAUCUACAUUUGCCUGUGCUUCAGGGUAAUUACUAGUAGUGUUACAUGAACAUGUGCAUAGUGGUAGGAUGCCAUCAGAUUAAUACAUUGAAGUUUUUCAUUGUUACCUGUACCUAAUGGUUUUAAAUAUAUGUUAAUUGACUGUUCAGUCAUAAUGUCAUAGUUACAAUGCAAGUAAACUCGAUACUUGUUCUUUUGUCAGAUUUGUUAAAUGCAUGCAGAAUAAUAUUUUUAAAAGGAUUGAAGUUUGUGAUAUUCAUCAAUAAAAGUUGGUAAUAUGCAGAAACUGAAAA